AGUUUACGAGAAUCGAUCCAUCUAGCUAUCACCCUGAUCACUCUCUUUCAUCCACCAUUUUUGUUCGUCUCGUUUGUUCGUUUCACAUAAAUAUUUCAUCGAAAAUUAAAAUUACAAUAAAUUGAUUAAAAGGAGAAACAGUGCAAAAAUUAGUGUAUCGCAGCAGAAUCAAACAAGAUCAAUGAAACAAAGUGUAUCCGAAGAGGAGUGUCUUCUAAAUUAAAAAUCAACAAGACUUAACCAAGAAUCAUUUGGUGAAUAAUUGAAACGAAAGAAUUUUAACGUUCUUCGCCUUGUUGGAGAAACUUAAAAGUGCUUAAAGCACGUGAUUGGAGAUUGUUCAACAUUCAGGGCUAAUUUGCAAUUAGCAAGUGGACCUCGAGUGGAGGUCGAAGUUCUCCAGGAUGUUGCAACAGCGGAGUAUACUUUGUGCGGUGCUUUUUGGACUGUUGUCCGGAAAACUCGUGCUCACGGAUCAGCAACAGAACAACCCUGCGCUGAACGAGCCUAACUUCGAGAUACGUCUUUCUGAUUUGGAUCUACCUCCGAUCGAGCCAUUGAUCAUCCCGGAAUUAGGAAUGGAGAACGGUCAAGGAGCUGUUCGUGUUAGAGCGUUGUUCUCCAAUAUUACGGUCAUAGGGGCAGGAAAUUAUUCGCUCAUAAAGACACGAAUCGACGUAAAGACAUACAGGCUUGAUCUUCACUUAUCGUUUCCAAAGAUCGAACUACAAGGCCGUUACGAAGUGGCGGGAAACGUGUUGCUCUUCCCCAUUCAAAGCCAUGGUGAAUUCUGGGCACUUUUCGGAGAUGUUCAAGCGAUCGCUCGUCUCCAAGGAGCGGAGGAGAUCCGCGACGGGGUUCGUUACCUGAAAGUGGCACGGAUGUUGGUCGAUUUCAGUUUGGCUCGAGCGCGAUUCCGCGUGGUCGAUCAAUUAAACGGCGAUAACGUGAUUGGUCAAGCGAUGAAUCAGUUCCUCAACCAGAACGCGAAGGAGAUCAUCGAAGAAAUGAGACCAGCCGCCAGUGCCAGCAUCGCCAAACAUUUCAAGAGCUUCCUCGGCAAGGCCUUGAGCAAGGUCCCGUUGAAAGUUUGGCUUCGCGACACGUAGUUCCUUCGGAUCAUCUCUCCUUUCUUUCGUUUUCUUUUUUCUUUUUUU